AUGCCAGUAACACCUGUACUCAACAAAAAAGCCGCCAUCGAGCGAACAACAACAACGCCAAUUCCAAAUCCAAUCCAUGGCAGCCCCAAAGCGACACCCCUCCAAGGCGCCAUCAUCGCUCUCGGUAUCAUUUCCGGUCUCCUAAUUUUCGGCAUCUUACUAUUCAUGGUUCUGUACUGCCAUUACAAAAACCAAAGAAUGGAAGAUGAACCUAUCGCUAGACCGCCAUUCCCCCCACGUCAAGGUCCCUUCCCACAAGCGAGACGACCGCUGCCAAAUCCUUACGGAAGACCACAAAUGAACAACGAUCCGAGGAAUCUGGAGCAGCAACACGUUCCUGGGAUGCCGGUUGGGUCGAGAGAUGUACAUUCAGCAGCUGCCAAUAGACAAAGAACCUUCUCCGCACAAUCUGGAAGACGUAGCCAGUUGCAGGGUGAAAAUGACGUGGAUGGAGUAGCAACUCAACGACAAGGACCUUUAUCCGCUCACUCUCCUCGUCACAGUCAAAUGCUACCUGGAGAUAUCGACGCAGCGGCAGCGGCUCAACGACAAAGUGCCUUCUCUGGAAACCCAGCUCGUGGCAGCCAGAUGAUGGGAGAAAUGGACCCGAAUGUAAGGAUGGCCCAGAGGCCGAGAGGCUUUUCUGCGCGAUCUGCUAGACAUAGUCAGAUACAGGGAGAUAAGCAACAGGGUGAUAUGUAUGGUGUCUAUGGAUCUGGUCUUGGUGGUAUGCAGGGUCUUCACCCUAUGACUCCACAGGCUUACAAUCAAGGUGCUUAUCAUCAAGGAGAGGGGUAUGCAAUGCCGAUGCAAAUGCCUGUCCCGGAUCCGGUGGCGACUCAGCGGGAGGGAAGAGAUGAGUAUUCGGUUGAGGAUCCACAAUCCGAGGUGGAGGGUAGGAGGACUUCGAGGGUUUUGCCUGGUCAUCCUCCGCCUGGUAGUCGACAGAGUAGACUUUCGGUUUCUGGUGAGCUUGGGGGGAGACGGGAGGGAUUGUGA